AAGCAUAGUCGCCAUUUUGGCUCAAGGCUAAGUUGUAGAUUUUACAUGGUUUAUAAACGUUACCUUACUUUUUAUAUUAUUUAUUUUUACUAUCCCGUUGUGACACACUCAGUCUAAUAUUGGUGAUACUGGAUAUUGAUUUCCGUUUUUUUUUUAUUAAUAUAGCGAAUAACACUUUGUAACUUGGGUGUUUUACUUAACUCGGAUCAGGUAAAAUCAUGGGAGGAUGCUCAGCGCCGAAUUGCUCGAAUUCAACCACAAUUGGAAAGCAGUUAUUUCGUUUCCCAAAAGACCCUGUAAGAAUGAAAAAAUGGGUGAUUAAUUGCCGGCGAGAUUUUAUACCUACCACAUGUUCCAGAUUAUGCGAGGAUCACUUUGAGCUGAGUCAGUUUGAAGAAAUCGCAAGAUCUCCAGCAGGAGGAAAGAAGCUAAAGCCAAAUGCUAUCCCCACAGUAUUUGAUGUGCCUGAUCCACCGUCACCCAUCCUUAUGAAAGAAGUGAAAAUAAAAUUGGACUAUGCUGGUAAGAGGACCCGUGGCGAUCAUGGUUAUGCUCGGAAGCAGCUAUGCAGUGAAACAGGAGAGCCUGAAAACAAUGGGGAAAACAAUAAUGAAGAUGACAGCUGUAGGGAGUGUGAUCGGUUCAAGGCACAUUUGGAGCAGCAGUAUCUGAACAAUGCUAUAUUGCAAAGACAGGUUGAAGAAAUGAAGAAAAAACUAAAUAAACUGAAUAAAAUAGAAAAAAGCCUGCAAAAUUUUCUGUUUGAUGAUCAGAUACGCGCCCUCUCGCUAACAAAGCGUUCCAGGCGUGCUGUGUGGUCACAGAACACCGUACAAUCUGCUCGACGGAUCAGAGCUGCUGUGGGAGGGAAAGGUUAUGAGUUUUUAAGAGAAUUAGGCUAUCCACUCCCUUCAUACAGGACUCUGUGUAACAGAGUUGAACCCUGUAUUAUCACGCCACCUGCAGUACCAGAAGAGAUGUCAGAGACUUUUGCUGAAACUCAGGAAAAAUCUGCUGUGGUUGUCCUGCCAGGUUCUAGCCCUGGUACUGUUGUUGGGAGUUAGAGAUGGUAGGAUGAUAUACAGAGCAUCAAAAGAAACUUAUCACUAUUAUAACACAUUUAUUUUUGAAAACAUAAGGUAUAUU